AUGAGUAUUAUCAACACGCGGAUUAAGCGAGCAAAUGAAGAAGAAGCAGAAGAAAGAUUGAGGAGGGUAUGAGAUGAAAUAGAAAAAUAUCGAUUAAAAGGCCCAUUUAUCGAUCCCUACACAUGCAAAGUGCUCAACAAUUGUAAUGCUCCCGAAAAAAUCAUUAAAUCUUAUAAAAAGCAUAUAAAGCACAUGAGGAAAGAGUUUACAAUAAAAAGUGCAAAAUACAAGUACAUGAAAAAAGUGCUCGGACUAUUUGGAGCUGGCUUUGAUAUUUGCUUAACAAUUUUCGCAUGUAUUUUGUAUAUUUUGGAAACAUAUUAUGAUGAUAAUUAUCGCUCAGAUUUUCGGAUUUUAGAUUUGAUUAUAGUUAGCUUUUUUUUAGCUGAUUGGUUUUAUAGGUUCUUUUAUACACAAAGAAAAUAUGAUUUCGUCGUCUCCUCAGCAACUCUAAUUGAUGCAUUAACGAUUGUCCCUAUUUAUGCAGAUUUAAUUUUUGGAACUUUAUCAAGCAGUUUUAAUUUUUUCAGAAUUUUGAGAGUACUGAGAAUUAUUAGAUUUACCCAAGCUUUUAAAGUCCUCCGAGGAGACUAUGAAGAUAACGAAAUAGAAGUUUUAUCUUCGACCACUGGGUUUUCAGCUGUUGUAAAGCAGUUGUCAAUUCUGGUUGUCACGCUUUUUAGCGUGUUAUUUAUAGGUGCUGGGCUUCUAAAUGCUCUAAAUGCCACUGAUAAAAAAUCAUUUUAUGUGAAUAGUGGCGAUUUUGAUUUCCUGACAGCUUUUUACUAUACCAUUGUGACUACUGCAACAGUAGGAUACGGAGAUGUCUAUCCUAUCGCAACUAGCUCAAGGAUCAUUGUUGUGCUUAUGAUUUUAACAAUGCUCUAUGUGAUUAGUGAUCAACUAUCUAAACUAUCACAGCUGGUUGGGAAUUAUUCGAAAUAUGACACAAAGUAUAAUUUGGCUGACCAUAUAAUUGUAAUGGGAUACUAUACCCCUGCAGGCUUGUCAAGGUUCUUAAGCCAAUUCUAUCAUAUGGACCAUGGAAAAACAAAGAGUAAUUGUGUAGUUAUUGGAAAUGGCUAUCCAAAUGAAGAACUACUGAAAUUAUUUAAAGGGAAAUAUAAAGGGAAAGUUAAAUAUCUGGAAGGGGAUCCAAUAUUUCCAAUAACCUUAGAAAAAGCUAAUGCUUAUAUGGCGGAUUCAAUUUUUAUUCUAACAAAUCAGCAUGAUAAGCACCCUGAAAGCAAAGAUAUCAGCGCAAUCAUGAUAUAGAACUUUCUCUUCAAUAGCGCGAUAAGGCGUGCUUCCUGGUUUGACUAAAAGGUCUUUGGACCAUGAAAAUCUGAUGUUCCUUCUUUGUAAGAGAGUCAUACAGUGAAAAUAAAGAGUUCUGGCUGAUCAAUCUCGAGAACUUAAAGAGAGGCUAUUUGCAAAUUUACACUUUUGGUUUCGUCAAAUGGAUCUGGCGAGCCAAUUCUGGCCGGUACUUGAAAUUAUAAAUGAUAGUUGCCAGAAUUUUAUUAAUUUCUGAUGGCAAGUAUGAUCAGAAUUUUAAUAAAUGCACAGGAUAAGACAACCCACUUAAAAAAUAUUGUUAAAAUUAAAGUCCCAUUUUAUAAAAGAUAUAAUAAAUUUUAAAAAAUUAUUAUUUUAUUUUAAAAAAUUUAUUUAUAUUGAUAUAAUUAUUUUUAAAAUUUUAUUUUUUAACAUUUGAAAGAAAUUUAAGAAGAAAAUUUUUAAUAACAUUAGUAAAGUUCGUAAAGAGCAACAAGCGCUUAGCACAAACUUUGGCUUUUAUAAAGCAGUUAGUCAUAAUUAAAUUGGCAUCAUCAUUUAUUUAGAAAAUCUAUCCUUCCGCAAAAAACACAACUCGAUCAACAAGUUUUUAAUUAUUAACUCCAUUUUAAUUUUUCUAACGAAAACCAAGUUAGUCAUUAGUAAGUUCGUAAAGAACAGCAAGCGCUUAGCACAAACUUUGGCUUUUAUAAAGCAGUUGAUCAUAAUUAAAUUGCCAUCAUUUAUUAAGAAAUCUAUCCUUCCGCAAAAACACAACUCGAUCAACAAGUUUUUAAUUAUUAACUCCAUUUUAAUUUUCUAACGAAAACCAUAUGAGUCGUUAGUAAGUUCGUAAAGAACAGCAAGCGCUUAGCACAAACUUUGGCUUUUAUAAAGCAGUUGAUCAUAAUUAAAUUGCCAUCAUUGGUUUAGAAAUCUAUCCUUCCGCAAAAACACAACUCGAUCAACAAGUUUUUAAUUAUUAACUCCAUUUUAAUUUUCUAACGAAAACAAUAUGAGUCAUUAGUAAUUUCGUAAAGAACAACAAGCGCUUACUCCCCCCCCCCCCCGUGAGCGAACAAAACCAUUAGAAAAAUCCCUAUUUUUUGGUCAAAAACCCACCCUCCGUGAGCGAACAAAAAAUUUUUUUACAUAUAAUUUUAUAUAUAGUUUAUUAUAUCUAUAUUUAAUACAUAUAAAGAGGAUAAUAUUGAAAAAUAAUUAUUAAGUUUGUUUGAUAUAUUAUUCAAAGGGUUAAAAAAAAGAAUACCAUAAGUGAAAAGGGUUGAAUUUAACAAUUUUAAAUUUAAGACAAAAAAAUGAAUAGAAGAAAUCGAUUAGAUAAUUAACUUCUUCAUAUUAACUUGAUGGCUGAAAAUCUUUGGAUGAUUAACGCCAUAAGAACCCGUCAACUCAAAUGAUUUUCUGACAAGUUGAGGGCUUACAGCAUCUCACGCCUUUGAAGCAAUGUUUAUCAGUUGCUGGCGAUCAAGAGCUUUGAGGUUUCCCAGUUCUUUUCGAUCUUCUUUCAAUCUGCUCUGUUUGGAAUUUGAUUCUGAAAUCUGUUGUUUUUGAUUUGAAAUUUGCAAUUACCAGUGCGUCAAGUGGUUGCAAAUACUUUGUGCACCCUCCAGGGAUCACAAUUUUGGUUGCAUCUAAAUCUGAAAUUGCAUUAGAAAUCAUGAUAGUUUUAUGACUUCCAGCCUGAUCAUAAAUCAGCAGUUGGUUUUCUCGUCUCAAUAUUGUUCUGAGGUAGUCAUUAAGAAUCUGGUCAGAAAUUUAGCCAGAUUUAUUUGAUUUUUAUGAUGACAUUUUUCUGGAAUAUUCAGUCUUUCUCUUACAAGGUUCGGGAUCUGGCCAUUUUUCUCUUGAAAAAUGAGCAAAGCAGGCAUUUUUUCUCCAUCAGCUCUAAUCAUAAGCAUAACAGUGAUAAAAUGGUUCAUUUUAGCUGAUUGAACGCCUAGAAUUCGUUGAGUUCCCUUGAAAUCAUAAGUGAACUUGCUUUUUACAUCUCAAUCAAAUCUCGUUUCAUCGAAAUUGUAAAUGUUAGAUGGAACGAAUUGAGGAAGCAAUGACGCUAAAUCAUCUAGGUAUUGCCUGACAAGUUCUGCCUCUUUUUCGAUUGGCUUAAUGCUUGAGGCAUUGAUUUUUCUGAAAGAUAAAUUAUUUCUGGUCCUAAAUCCUUGCCACCAUUUAUCUCCACAGCCGAAUCGCGCCAAUCCCAUUUCUGCCGCAAAACUUUUUGCUUUCUCCUCAAUCGUUGAUCUGAGAACCUGAAUACCUUGCUCACGGAUUGCAGUAAACCAAUGAACUAGUUCUUUCUCUAGCUCUGGAAAUUGAGUGAAGCUUUCUAAUUUUAAUUUUUUAUCAGAUUUUACUGAUUUCUUCAACUCAUCAAGCUUAUUCACCCAUUCGGAAAUCGAGCUAAAGGAGUUGACAUGAAACUUUGCAGCAACAUCUCUCAUGCUCAUCUCAUUUUGGUGUUGAAUGUAAAAUUCAGCAAUUUCAACUUUCUGCCAAAUUUCAAUGUACUUUCUUUUCCCUUUGUACAUUUUUAUUAUGAUUUAUAGAGAAUUUGCUUAUUAUAUUAAAUAAGAAAAUAUAUAAAAUAUUUAUUACUAAUAGGUUUAUUGAUUAUUAAAUUAUUGAAAAAUUUAAGCUGUGUUUUACCUUUAAUCAAAUGGUAUUCUUUUUUUUGUUGGGGAAAUUCCCUUACUCUCCCCCCAUAAUAUUUUUAAAAUAAUUUUCAACUUAUAAAAAAAUAUUAUUUUACAAUUAAAAAUUUAUAUAUAAUUUUUUUUAAAAAAUAAAAUUAACCCCCCUCCGUGAGCGAACAAAAAUUUUUUGUUCGCUCACGGAGGGGGGGGGGGGAGUUAGCACAAACUUUGGCUUUUAUUAAGCAGUUAUAAUUAUUACCAAAGGAAUUAUUAGAUCGGUUUGAAAGGAAUAAGUUGUCUGAUCUUGUGCCAUUUAUUUAAAACUCUGAUUAUACUCACCAUCAAAAAAUUAAUAAAAUUCUGGCAACUACCAUUUUUCAUUUCAAGUACUGGCCAGAAUUGGCUCGUCAGAUUCAUUUGACGAACCAAAAUGUAAAUUUUUCACACAGCCUCUCUUGUUCUCGAGAUUGAUCAGGCAGAAUUCUUUAUUUAGGCUGUUUUUCUCCCCCAUGAAUAAAGAAUAGCAAGUUUUCAUAUGUUUAAGAUCAUCCGGUAAAACCUAGGAAUGCGCCUUAUCGCGCUAUUGAAAAGAAACUUCUAUAACUAAAAUGGCUCAGCAUUUUUCACCUUAUACUCAGACCUAUUUACAAUUAGUAAGGCCAUUUCCUGAUACAAUAGCAAAGUUUGCCCCAUGGCACACUGUUUUAUCAAUUCAAAAUAUUAAAAUGAGUAUUUUAGGGCUCUCAGUUUAUAACCAAGGAUUUUCGACUCUCAUAACUUCGCUUUAUACAACUAAUGAUCUUAAGCUCCCCAGCCAUUUUAAUUAUGACUGGCUUUUACUUGCAGCUCAAGGACUCAGCCAAGAAAUUUAUUGUGUGGCAGCGCCAAAAGACUUUGCGAAUAAGCUGUUUAUUGAUAUAGUUAAAGAAGUAUACUUAAAUUCGCAUGGCGUUCUAGUGCUCGGAGUUAAAGCUUCAAACACCAAAUCUGGAAAUAAAUUGGUUUUAAUAAACCCUUGCCAAUAUACAGUUCAAUCUGGAGACAAGCUUUUUGUGAUAGCGGAAGAUCAAGAAACAGCUGAUAGGUUAACUACGUAUGUUUCUGCUUCAAAUGAAAAAAAUUCAAACAGCCUUCCACAAAAUCAGAGCCACAUUGAGCAAGCUUUUAUUAUGGCUCAACAAAUAAAUAACUCAUAUCAAUGUAACCUUACAAAAGGAAGAGUUUAUCAUUUAUGAAAAGAUGAUUUGAAUGGUGAGAUUUCGAAUCACAUCAUUAUAUUUGGAGAAAUUGAAGGGCUCUCUACCCUAAUCAGAGCCUUAAGGUCUUAUUCACUGCAGCCAAUUUGCUUUGUAAAUGAAGCAGAACCUUCUAGUGAAUGAAUAAAACUCACCGAACAAUAUCAGAAUCUUUACUUCUUUAAGGGGAGCUUAAGAAGUUACCAAGAGAUGUACAAAUCAGCUGUUUGUGAGUGCAAGGCUGUUAUAAUUUUAGCCUCCGCUAAUAAAAACGAUUUUUCUCCAGAUUCUGAUGCCAUUUUGGUAUCAAGAUUGAUUGAAAUGAGUUUUCCACACAUAAAUGUAUAUGUCGAACUUUCAGAUGAGGCAUAUAUAAGGUUCUUAUGCUCCCCCUUGAUUAGCAAGCAAAAUCAUUAGAAAAAUCUCUAUUUUUGGAAAAUUUAACCCUAACAAACAAGCAAGACAUUUUUUAAAAUAAAAAGCAUUGCAAAUAAAUAACUAAUGGAAUAAGAAAGAUCUCCAGCUAUUAUAUUAUAAUUUAAACAGAUUGCAUCUAAACUUUAUUUAUUAAAUUAGUUUUUUUAAAUUUUUUAUAUAAUAUCUUAAAAUUAACACUACUACUAACGAUCAUGAAUUUUUGGUUUUUUCUCGCAAUAGGGAAAGUUAGGGAACCGGCCCAAAGGUAAGUGCCAAGAAUUGCCACAUCUACUGUGGCCUCAGCAUUUAUCAGGAAAAUGCUUUUUUUCCUGUUAUUUGGAUUCCUUGAUAUGCCAAAUCUACUACAAUCAAGACUUGAUUGACAUUUUGAGCAAAAUUACUGCAAUAGAUCAAAAUGAAGGUGAAAUUUUGGAAAAUUCAAAAAUCCACACAAUUAAAAUACCAUCCAUUUAUUUUUAUGAAAGUGUCCCUACUUAUGAGAACCUCUUUUUUGAUCUCUUAUCUCUGCAAUUUCCAAUAAUUCCUAUUGGAAUAAUGUCAAGAAAGAUCCAGCAACAUGAUUACAGGCCAAGUGUAUAGCAUGUCUUUUGUUGUGAUUUUUUCCGUAGACAUUCCCUUGAUAUCAUUGAGUCCUAUUUUUUUCUCGCUAGUCAUUUGACAGACAAAACAGUUAUUUUUCAACCAAAUGUCGCCGAGGAAAUGGCUGCAAGAAGAAAUGUCUCUGAUAAAAGACUGCAGCUGGCCAAAUGAAGCUAUUUUAAUCAACCCCCUUCCCUCAACCAUAUUGAACCCGAAUGAUUCUAUCAUUUGUAUAGGAUACAUUCACAAUGAAUCCAGAAGAACUUCUAAAAGAACCCUUGCAAGUUCUUCAUAUGAGUCUUCAGAGGUUAUAAACCGAAUUUCUAGCACUUCUACAGAGUGUGAUAUUUCUGAAGACCUUGAUGCUAUGACCUCAAUUUUAUCUUCUUUAAAAUCUCGCAUAACUUCUCGUUCAAAGCUGUCUGCGAAGAUUGACAAGAAAAAUGAAUUAAUACAGAGUUUAAAUAAAGAAGUAGAAGAAUUGAAAGAAGAGCUUUCAAAUCAAGAUGCUUUAUUUUAA